AUGGCCGAGAGGAAACGGGAUGUUAUUAUGACGUCGUCAAUGACAUCACACAUGCGUCACCUUGAGAACAAUAAUCUGGACAUAGACGCGGAGAAGAGAGAAGAAGAUUUGCUACACGCAGUGACUGAAGCCAUUCCUUUGCCAUAUCUCUUUAUUCUUGACGUUACUGAUAACUUUUUUGAAGUUGGUGGAACAAAAGUGACUGCUGCAGUUGUUGUUAGGAUGUUGCGGAAACGAGGCUAUGAGCUCACCUUGUCAGAUAUGUUCCAAGCAUCGGUUCUGAGGGACAUACUUAAUGUAAUGCGACCAUUGAAAUUUGAGCAAGAACAUUUACCAAAUGCAGUUAGGACGAGCCUUAAAUCGAAACCGGGAUCGACUUGUCCAAGAACGAAUAACUGUCAAUGUGCUCCGGACGUUGCGAGUUUAACUCGUGUCGCGACCAAAGAUUCUGAUGUGGAGCUUGUCUGCUUUGCUGACGCGACCAAAGAAGAAGUCUACAAAGUAUUUAGUCUGUGUGUGCAAUCACUCUUAAAACUGGAACCUAUGGAGUUGUGCCUGGACAUGAGUGACACUGACAAGCACGUGUUCGUAUCGUCGGCACUCAGGGAAAUAUUUCACAAUCCUAGCUGCCAGUCACUGUCAUUCUUAUUACGUCAUAAAAUAACCAAAGAGGUGAAGGCGGCCAUGUUGUCCGCGGACUUCUUUUAUCAGUGCCAUCCAAGCUAUGAAGGAAUUCCAUGUCUUCCUUGGCAAGCAUUUCUCUUCACUAUCGUGGACUUAGAAAGGAGGCACAAGAGAAUUCUAGGGGUGACGACCCCGAGAAAAUGGGUUUGUCAUGUCUUGUCCGUCACAAAUCUGUAUGAUGAUCCAUACACACAGUUGUCCCUACAUCGACGAUUGAAUCACGAAGGGCCACUCCUGGCUGGACAAAACGGAUACUCCGACGCUGUUUGUUUCUAUGCCAACCCACUGUUACAGGAAUGCGCCGCUGAGGCGGGUUUUAAAGUGGUCGGAUCAUCACAACUGCUGAGAGAAACAAAAUACAAAGAGUGGCGAUUUUUCCCGGAAAUAAUGCCGGAUGACAGCAGAUAUUUGGUGAUGACUCGGAGAAUCGACUACAAAGUUUGAGAGUGAGAAAUACUAGUACUCGACAAGAAAGACCACUUAAUACGAGCAUGCGCAAUGGAAACAUUCAGUUCGUGUCAGCCGCGGGAGUCAAAUAAUCGAAACACAAAAUGUGGAUGGCAAC